CGACAACCUUUUUGAUGGGCGGCCAGCGCUGAACUUGUUGCUCCCUCCCCUUUUUUUUUCGUCGCAUAAGCGUCUUGUAUCUCUUAAGGAGUUAAAUCGUUACUUGCGCACGCGAUCAAUAGAAUUUAUUAAACAUGAAGUAUCUCGCCGCUUAUCUUCUUCUUAACGUUGGUGGUAAGGCCAACCCUUCCGCCGAAGACAUCAAGUCUCUUUUCAAGUCCGUCGGUAUUGAGGCUGAGGAGGAACGUCUUUCCUCUUUGAUCUCUGCUCUUGGCGAGAAGGACAUUGCCCAGGUAAAAUCUCGACACAAUGGCUCAAUAUUCCCGAUUGCCGAGAUGCAGUUUACUGAUUUGUCUUUGCGUGUUUUAGCUCAUUGAAGAGGGUAAGGAGAAGCUUGCUUCCGUCCCCACUGGUGGUGCUGCUGCCCCUGCUGCUGGUGCCGCUGCUGGCGGUGCUUCUGAAGAGGCCGCUGAAGAGGCCAAGGAAGAAGAGAAGGAG